UGCGAUAAGUAGAUCGACACGGCACAGAAACAGGUUAUAUGCUCCCACGGGGCAAACCAAACAAGAAGGAGCAGGUCUAGAUUUAUUAAUGAGACUUCUAUUAUCAGUACAAAACAUUAUUCUAUUACAAGUAAUUGAGGUGGUAGUACAAAUAGAGACAUUCAUUACAUUAGAAAAAAAAAGAGCGGCUUAGCUUGAUUUCUACGGCCAGAAGAAGUCAUUGUAGAAAAAUCUCAAUGAGUGAAAUAGCUUAGAUCGUAAGAAUACUCACAAAUUAAUGCAUACCCUAGAGUUUUUUUUUUUGAAAUACACAAAAGACUUGCAUAUCAUUGCAUUAAGAGGAGUAAAGUAAUACAAGACAGACAGAGAAGAACAGGGAGGAGAGAGGAGGGGAGGAGAAAAGGAGAAACGGAAAAAGACACACUAAAUCACUGAUCUCCCAAAACUAUUGUGUGACCUAGACCUAGUUGAGGUAUUGCAGUCCUCGCCAAUCUCCAAAGUGUGGCUUCUUCUGACAUUGCCUUGGCGCCCUCAGUCCCGCUGCGUUGGCGGUGCUCGAAUACUCUCAACCAUUCCUUUCCUUCCAAAUCGACCAAGCCCCGGGAACGAUGAUGGUAUCGAACCCGCACCGUUGCUUUGCCGGUAUGGUAUGUCGACAAUCACACAGCCAGGAGUAGAAGGGAACUUCGUUGACAGGCAAGCAGUUGCAUACCCUGGAGUUUACUCUUCCAUUAUCAAAAUAAAACAGUGACAGCCUUAAAAAUUUUCUUUGACGUGCAACAGAGGGAGAUUCAGAGUAGCUAAAGUUGAUAUUGACACAUAUUGCAGUCUGUAAUACUGACAUGUUCGAGGAAUCUCUUCCAAACAUAUACUGCACUAGUUCUCAACGAGGGUUGCAUUGCAUUGCGUAGCGUGGACUAUCACUAACACACAAUGGCUAGAAUGGCUAGAACUCCAGUUCAUCCACGAUCGUCCUCGAUUGUAGCUGCAUUCACUUACCUUUUGCUAGUCCUCUUCCGAGACGCCAUCACCACCGCAGCUGCAUCUCCCAAAGCUCCGGCAUCCACCAAUGGCUGCAUUGCAGCCGAGAGGGAUGCCCUGCUCUCGUUCAAGGCUGGCAUCACAAGAGACCCCAAGAAACGCCUCAGCUCAUGGCUAGGUGAGAAUUGCUGCCAGUGGAGCGGUGUGAGGUGUAGCAACAGGACGGGGCAUGUUAUCAUCCUCAACCUCAGCAACACUUACUUAUAUUAUGAUGAUCCGCAUUAUUACAAGUGCGCCCAUGUUGAUUUUCCGCUGUAUGGGUACAUAAGUUCGUCUUUGGUAAGUCUACGACAACUGAAACGCCUAGAUCUUAGUGGGAACGUCCUUGGAGAAAGUAUGCCAGAGUUCUUGGGCUCCUUUCAAAGUUUGACCCAUCUCAACCUAGCACGUAUGGGUUUUUACGGCAGAGUACCUCAUCAGCUUGGUAAUCUGUCUAAUUUGCAGUUUCUUGACAUAACAUCUGAAAUUUAUGACCAUCCUCCUAUGCACACAGCUGACAUCUCAUGGUUGGCACGCCUUCCUUCAUUGAAGUAUCUUGAUAUGAGUUAUGUGAAUCUAAGCUCAGUGGUUGAUUGGGUCCGUCCAGUGAAUAUGCUUUCCCGUCUUGAGGUUCUACGCCUUACAGGGUGUUGGAUCAUGAGUUCAUCAUCAACAGGACUCACCAAUCUGACAAGCCUUGAAACACUUGACCUCUCUGAGAACACUUUGUUUGGCACGGUAAUUCCCAACUGGGUGUGGAGCAUGAAGACGGUUAAGAUGCUUAACCUGGCCUCAUGCCAGUUGUCUGGUUCAUUUCCUGAUGGAUUAGGCAACUUAACUUUGUUGGAAGGCCUUAACCUUGGAGGUGAUAGCUACCAUGGAAGUAAUAGCUUCGAAGGGACGCUGCCAUCAACAUUAAACAACACUUGCAAUCUGAGGGUCCUAUACCUCAAUGAGAAUUUGAUCGGCGUGGAAAUCAAAGAUCUGAUGGAUAAGCUUCCAAGCUGUACUUGGAAUAAAUUGGAGGAGCUUGAUUUGUCUUAUAAUGACAUUACUGGAAACCUGGAUUGGCUGGGGAGCCAAACUAGCUUAACAAGCCUUUACCUAUCUUGGAACAAAUUCAGUGGUCAUUUGCCCUUGCUAAUCAGAGAAAUGGCUAAUUUGACAACUCUAAUUCUACAUAACAAUAAUAUCAGUGGUGUGAUCUCAAACCAGCAUCUUUCAGGCCUUGAGAGUUUGGAGAGAAUCAUUAUGUCUUAUAAUCCUUUAAAGGUAGUGCUGGACGAAAGUUGGAGCCCUCCCUUUGGAUUGUUCGAUGUUUAUUUUGCAUCUUGCCAACUGGGUCCAGAAUUUCCUGUGUGGAUCAAAUCGUUGAAUAAUUGUUACUCAAUUGAUGUUUCAAGUUCAGGCAUAAAAGAUGAGCUUCCUAAUUGGUUCUGGAAUUUAGUUUCUGACGUUGCAAACGUAAAUAUAUCUCAUAAUCAGAUCAGAGGGAAGUUACCAGACAGUUUUCAAGGUAUGUCAACUGAAAAGCUCAUUCUAGCUUCGAACCAGCUGACUGGUCGCCUGCCAUCGUUACAGGAAAAUCUCUAUUAUUUGGACAUUUCCAGAAACUUAUUGUCUGGUCCGCUGCCAUUUCAUUUUGGUGGCGCAAAUCUUGGUAAACUCAUUCUCUUUUCCAACCAUAUCAAUGGCAGCAUUCCACAGUCCCUUUGCAAGAUGCACAAUUUGGGUGCCUUGGAUUUAGCAGACAAUUUUCUGGUAGGAGAACUUCCUCACUGUUUGCCGACAGAACUGAAACCAUCGACUGGUGGUAGUUUUAUACAUUCCACAAGUCUGAACAUUCAUAUCCUUUUACUAAGCAAAAAUCAGCUUUCUGGAGAGUUCCCUAUGCUAUUGCAAUCGUGCCAAAGCAUCACCAUUCUUGAUCUAGCAUGGAACAAAUAUUCUGGAAAGUUGCCGGAGUGGAUAGGUGAAAAGUUGCCAUCCAUAGUAAUUCUGCUAUCAGGUCUAAUAAGUUCUCUGGUCAUAUCCCAGGUGGUUUUACCAAACUUGAUCAUCUGCGGUAUUUGGAUAUAGCUAAUAAUAGUUUUUCUGGUACUAUCCCACAAUCCCUUCCGUGCUUGAAAGGAAUGAUCAACGAACCAGAAAAUUUAGAAACAUGGUUCCUAUUUGGAGAGGCACUGGAAAACGGAUUCGGAGCUUUCGAUGUAUUCGGCCUGUUCCAUUAUAGCAUAUCAUGUGUUCUGCAAGGUCAACAACUUGAAUACAGCAAGGGACUUGUGUACUUGGUGGGCCUUGAUUUUUCUAGCAACAAAUUGUCUGGCCAUAUUCCAAAGGAGAUUGGUUCUCUUGUCGAAUUGGUAAAUUUGAAUCUGUCCUGGAACCAGUUAGCAGGAAACAUUCCGGAUCAGAUUGGUGAGCUGCACCAAUUAACCUCCCUUGACCUAUCAUAUAAUCAAUUUUCUGGAGAAAUCCCUUCAAGCCUAUCAAAUUUGACAUUCUUGAGCUAUCUGAACUUGUCUUACAACAAUUUAUCGGGAAGGAUUCCUCGGGGACAUCAACUGGACACACUCAAUGCAGAUGAUCCAUCUUUGAUGUACAUCGGCAACCCAGGUCUUUGUGGUUAUCCCCUUGCAAAGAAUUGUCCUGAAAAUGGGACAUCUCAAGGUCAAACCGUUAAAAGUCAUCACGAUGGUUCGUUCUGUGCUGGUCUCAGUGUGGGGUUUGUGAUUGGAGUUUGGAUGGUUCUUGCGUCACUUUUGUUCAAGAAGAGUUGGAGGUUUUCUUACUUUCACCACUUUGAUAGGCAGUAUGACAGAUUGAAUGUGUUUCUUACUGUCACUUCAGCGAUAUACCUCCAAAAGGCUACACGAUUUAAGGAUGGAAGAAGCUGAGUGGAUUCCUACAUAUAAGGGCUUUCUACCUGAGAAAAUUUUCUCGUACUUGAGAAGGUACCGAGAGCUACUAUAUUUUCUAGACUAAAAAAUGUGGAACUUCUCGAUAUCUUCUCAAGGAUCAUCUAAUCAAUCGGAAGUUGAAAAAUAAUCCUACAUUACAUCUUUGUAAUAUUAGCCCAUGUGUGGCUCUCUAUGUUGCCUUCUUGUCUUGUUUUCAAGCACUCGUAUUAGAAAA